AUGAUUCAUUCAAUUAUAUUAGUCUUCAGUAUCUUUUCUUAUAUAUAAAUCUAACGUACGUCUAGAUUAGUCGUCAUGAACAUAUGUAAUACUAAUCGGUCAUUACUCAUAAAAAUGGCAGCCUCUUCCCUUUCCAUUUCCAAUGUACCGAUAGUAGCAUGGGCUAUCUGGAUCUUUUUAUGCAGAAACUGUUUGGAUAAUGCACUUCAUCAGCUUGUUAAUGUUGCUGCAGAAUCUGGUAGCGUUUACAAAGCUGAAUUACCAAGUGGAAAUGUGGUUGCCUUAAAGAAACUUCAUCAGAGAGAGGUUGAGAAUCCCGUUUUCUGUAAGAGUUUUAUAAAUGAGAUGAGGGUGUUAAUAGAGAUUCGACAUCGAAAUAUUGUGAAGCUGCAUGGGUUCUGUGUACAUAAAAGAUGCAGAUUUUUAAUUUAUGAGUACAUGGAAAGGGGAAGCCUAUUUUGUGUUCUAAGAAAUGUUGAUGAAGCUAUGGAACUGGAUUGGAGCAAGAGGGUAAACAUCAUCAAAGGCACAGCACACGCCUUAUCUUACAUGCAUCAUGAAUGCAUCCCAGCAAUUGUUCAUAGAGAUAUAUCAAGCAACAAUAUUUUGCUGAAUUUUGAAUUGCAAGUUUUUGUCUCUGACUUUGGAACUGCUAAACUUCUUGAUCCCAACUCCUCCAAUCAAACAUUGGUUGCUGGCACUUAUGGCUACAUUGCCCCAGAGUUUGUCUACACAAUGACAGUUACUGAAAAAUGUGAUGUAUAUAGCUUUGGAGUGGUGGCACUAGAAGUAUUAAUGGGAAGGCAUCCAGGAGAACUCUUAUCCUCAUUAUCAUCAUCAUCAUCUCAAAACAUGAUGCUAAAUGAAAUAUUAGACCAACGCUUGCCACCUCCAAAUCGUCUAAUUGGACAGGAUAUUUUGCUCGUUGCUACAAUAGCAUUUGCAUGCCUUCACACUCAGCCAAAGUCUCGGCCUACAAUGAAAUGUGUGUCACAAGAAUUUCUCUCUCGCAAAAAGCCGAAUGUCAUACCCUUGACUACCGUUUCACUCCCGCAAUUGAGGAAACAAGCAACAUAUAUGGUUGGAUCAGGAUUUGCUUAUUGUUAGGGUGUUUUGUGUGUUGUCAAUGUAUCGUUUACAUUUCUUAGUCUUUUUUCAAGAAAAAUAUUAUUUGUAAUCAUUCAGCCAAAUCACCCCAUAAACCUAAAGUACUCACUUUUCAUGGUUGGAAGCUGCUGAAAAUUGAAAUAGAAUGGGGUCGGUGUGUUUGUAUGAGAUAAGUGUGAAAAUAUAAAGUAGAAGUGAAUUAAGUAAAAUCUCAUAGAGAAUUUCAGCAGAUUCAUCAUUUCUUCUUCAUGAAUAACAAGUUUUCAGAAUAUCUUUGAUAUCA